AUGCUUGAUCCUGAGAGUAUUGAUAACUAUCAAUCCUCGCAGGCAUUAUUAGUUGACAAUAUGGAAGCUUCAAUUGAAGCGUCAAUAGAUUCGUCAAUAGAUUCUUAUGAAUCAGAUGUGAAAGAUUCUGUGUUAGAAGAUAUGUUUUCUAAUAUAGAAGCUUCAAUAGAUACUGUAUCUAGGUUAUGUACUUGUUGGGCAAUUGAAGCCAAAGUAUUAAAACUUGUAUUCUCUCUUUUUAUGACAAAAAAUAGAUACCAGGAAUUGCAAGAAUUACUUGAAAGUGAACGUGAAACACUAUUACAAGACGGCCCCUAA